AUGCUCGACAACGCAUGCAUGACCAAUAUACGUCCCAAUUCAAACGGCUGGAAAAUUGCACGAGCAUUUCUGGCAGGGGACAUCACACUCGAAGUAGCAGGAUCGCCCGUACAACUCAAUCCUGAUCAAGUUUCAGCUGUUAAUAUGUUCAACAAGAGGUAUCCUAUCAAUAUAGUUGAUAGCGCGUUUGGUGCAGUUACUGCCGUUCAAAAUGGUGCUCUCGAUAUCAUCGGUGAGAAAAUCGCUGAGUUGCAAUCCCCCGAUAUCAGAGCUAUCCGACGAGUUGGAAACUCGUGGAUCAGAAUUCUGAUAGACGAAGCCUCUAUGGUACCUGAAGCAGCGUUGAUGACGCUCAUAUCACGGUUCCAAGACGCUCACAUCACGUUGAUCGGUGACCUUUACCAGUUACCACCUUACGUUGGCAUCUCUAAUUGUCCACUAGCUAGAGAAGUCAGUUAUAGAUCGGUAUUAGACAUUGGGGAAAAUCAUCGUCGCAUACCAAGUUGUGCUCUCAGAACUGUGUACCGUCCACAUGUCGAAAUGCUAAAGCUCAGUUCCGAGUUUUUCUACAACCGUGAGCUG